AAAGUCUAUGCCUCCAUCAAAUGACUCGAAUCCCUCCUUUUCCAAUUCAGCUUCUUCUUCUUUUUUCUAAACAAUCCCAAAUUCCACCCCAUUCCCAUUCCCAGCUUAAAAGCUUAGAAAAUAAAGGAAAUAAAACCACCUUCUUUCCUCGUCAUCGUCGCAUGUGUAGAUCCAAAAUGGCAACCGAUGCCUCCGAACCCAUCCCAACUACGCCACCCCAUCCCACCCCACGUCCGGUCAGGACCAAACCCAGAACCUCCCCUCAAGCAACACAAUCUCCCCGCCGCCCCUCCCCAAAUUCUCCAUUCGCUAAACUUCCUUCCUCCAGUCCCUCCACCAGCGGCACCUUUCAUUCAGGUUCUGCCCCGGCCACCGGCUCCGGUUCUGAUUUUCGACUAAAUUCGUCGGUAGGCACAACCUCCGCUUCAAGCCGUACAUCCCUCUCCAGCCUCCAUCUCUCCCUCCCGGAACACGCCCAUAUUUAUGAUUUCUCCGAAAUCCGUUCCGCCACCAACAAUUUUCUCGCCAAACGCUACUCCACUUCCUCCUCCUCCUCCCAGUCCUGGCGCUGCGAGCUCAACGGAAAAGACGUCAUUAUUUUUCAACGGAAAAUCCAUCAGACAAUCCACGAAUCUGAGCUGAGAUCCAAAUUAUCGGCAAUUUGUAAAAGCCAUCAUAAAUGCUUAAUCAAGCUCCUCGGAGCUUCCAUUUCAAACGAUCACAUUUACUUAGUUUAUGAAUUUAUCAGCGGCUCGAAUCUUUCUACUUGUCUCCGAAAUCCUAGAAACCCUGAUUUCACCGUUCUUUCCACCUGGAUGUCGCGAAUGCAAAUCGCCACGGAUUUAGCUAACGGCUUGAAUUAUAUCCACACCGCAGCCGGAUUCAGCAUAAGUUUGGUCCACAAGUACGUGAAGAGCAGCGGAAUUAUUAUCACUGAGCCUUCCUUGAAUGCCCGAAUUUGCCAUUUCGGAGCCGCCGAGCUAUGCUCCGAGACGGAGAGAUAUGAAAGAGGUGAGAUAACGGAAGAGGAGUUGCCGGAGCUGCGGAGGUCGGGGAGUAGGGGUAGGCAAUUUGAAGGAGUGAGAGGAUACAUGUCGCCGGAGUUUAAGUCCACCGGCUUGGCGACGCAGAAGUCUGACGUGUACGCUUUUGGAGUGGUGAUUCUGGAGCUUUUGUCCGGGGAGGAGCCGCUGAAGUAUAAAUAUGAUAAAGCGAGUGGAGAUUAUAGGAAGAUUUCAAUUAUCGAUUCAGCGACGGAGGCGGUGGAAACUGGCGGAGAGGGUAAUGAAACGGUGGAGGGAAGGCUGAGACGGUGGGUGGAUAAGCGGUUGAAGGAUUCGUUCCCGGUGGAGGUGGCGGAGAAGUUAAUCCGUCUGGUGUUGGAAUGCGCACAUGUGGAUCCGAAUAAGAGACCCGAUAUGCGACGGGUCGCGGGAAAAAUAUCCAAGCUUUAUUUGGACUCGAAAAUGUGGUCGGACCGGGUUAGACUUCCGACUGAUUUCUCGGUGUCAUUAGCGCCUCGUUGAUUGACUCAUUUGGUAAUUAGCUUUUUUUAUUUUCUUUUCUUUUUUCCCUUUUUUUGGAUAUGGAUUUAGAAAUUCUUUUUCCCUAAUGCUUCUGCUACUACUUUUGGUGAAGAGGUAAAUAUCAUUAUUGUUACAUUUGUAAACGCUGAUUAAUGAGAGUUAGCCAAUUCAAAUGGCUAUAUAAUUUAUUGAUUUAGU